CCGAUGGGUAUCUGCAAUGCCCCUGCGACCUUUCAGCGGGCCAUGACCAUGGCUUUCCAGAAUUCCGUGAGAAAGACUCGUUUGGCGCAGAGCAUCAUCAACUACUGCGUGAUUGUGUACAUGGAUGACAUCCUGGUGUAUUCGAGUUCCUACGAGGGACACGUGCAGCACAUCGAAUGGGCACUACAUGCGUUACAAGAUGCAGGUUUCAAAGUGGCGCUUGAGAAGUGUCAGUUUUUCCUCACCACCAUUUCCUUCCUAGGGCACGUGGUGACAGAAAAGGGACUCCAACAGAAGAUGGCAGUUGUCAGGGAUGCGCCGGUGCCUACGACUAUCACGCAAGUUCGCGCUUUUCUGGGUCUAGCCUCGUACUACCGAAGAUUUAUCAAGGGUUUUACGGCGAUUGCAGGACCUCUCACAAAUCUGCUCCGCAAGGAUCAGCCGUUGAUCUGGACGUCGGAAUGCGAUCAAGCGUUUUCCACACUCAAGGUCGCUCUCAUUUCGACUCCGGUCCUUAUAAGACCGGAUCCCGAAAAACCUUUUGUUCUCAUCACUGACUGGCAGCCAGAGGUGAUUUCGGCGAUCCUUGCCCAGGUGGGACAAAGCGGACUCGAGCGUGUGGUGGAGUAUGCGUCCAAAUCAGUGCCCGCCUGUAAGUGCAACUACGCCGCUCCAACGGGUGAAUGCUAUGUGGCUCUCUGGGGAAUCGGUCACUUCCGUGCUUACCUGUACGGGCAAAAAUUCACCCUGGUGACUGAUCAUGAGUCCCUGUUGGCUCUGAAGAAGUCGAAGGAUUACUCGGGCAUGAUCGGGCGAUGGGCAACGGUGCUGCAGAGCAUGGACUUUGACAUUCGUCAUCGAAAGCACGAGAGACACGGGAAUGCAGACGGACUGACACGACUGCACCGGCCUGAGAAAGUUCCAAAGGGUGAGGAGGUAAUUCCGUGGAACGAACCCAAACAGGAGAUCAUACCUCGGUACGGCCAAGUGAAGAUCUUAUCGAAGCAGUAAGUGACACGAGGACUAAUUGUUCUGUCAUGCUCUCCGUGAAUCCCCUCCUCCUCUGCCAUCAUGACUACCCCACUCGCCUCCGCAACCCCUUCUUCUCCCACUAACUCUGCCCCUCUCACUUCCUCGGCUUUCUUCGCCACCCUUCCCGAUAAAUUCUGCUAUUUUUG